AUGGCCAACGACCACAUUCUGACCCUGUCAUGUCCAGACAAGCCGGGGAUUAUCCAUUCUGUCACAGGCAUCUUCGCUCGGAAUAACCUCAACAUCCUCGACUUGCAGCAAUUCAGCGACCGGACUUCGGAGAAAUUCUUCAUGAGAGUCCAUUUUGGACCGGCGGACAACACCAAAUUCUUGAUACCCUCGUUCGAUGAGCUAGCAAACGAUAUCAAAAUGGACUACGAGCUAAGGCCUGUGGCCGAGAAGCCCAAGGUUUUGAUCAUGGUCUCCAAGAUCGGCUACUGCUUGAACGACCUCCUUUUUCGCCAGAAGACUGGACAAUUGGCUAUUGAAGUACCGUUAAUUGUCUCGAAUCAUCAGGAUUUCGAGCCGCUAGCCAAGAGCUACAACAUUGCUUUUCACCACCUGCCUGUCACUAAGGACACCAAGGCUGAACAGGAAACUCGUAUUCUGGAGCUCAUCAAAGAAAACCACAUCGACCUAGUAGUGCUGGCGCGGUACAUGCAGGUGCUCUCACCAAAGCUGUGCGAAGCCAUGUCUGGCAAAAUCAUCAACAUCCAUCACAGCUUCUUGCCUUCCUUCAAAGGGGCCAAGCCUUACCACCAGGCCUUUGAAAGAGGCGUCAAGAUCAUUGGCGCCACGGCUCAUUUCGUCACCGCCGAUUUGGAUGAAGGCCCGAUCAUCGAGCAGAGGGUCACCAGAGUGGAUCAUAGCAUGACGCCCAAGGAACUCGUGGACGAGGGGAGUAAUGUGGAGAGCCAGGUGCUGGCCGCGGCAGUCAAAUGGUGGUCAGAGAAAAGAGUGUUUUUGAACGGGCAUAAGACGGUGGUAUUCAACUGA